ACAUGACCAUUGUCAACCAAGCAGGAGUUGUGGGCGCGCCAGUGACUGCCAGGGAUUUUUUUUUGGGGUACAGAAUUUUAUCAUCUCAAAUUUUUUUAAAAUGAAUUCCCUAAGAUUAUUUUUCACCAUCAUUAUGUUUGUGGCAGUCAAAGAAGUAGAGUGUGAGGUGAAAACAAUAUAUUUUUGUCCUGAACAAAGUGCAAAAAUAUAUUGCAAUAUUUCCAGUUAUUUCACCAAAUUAUACUGGAAAAACUCUACAGAUUAUGUUGUAGCAUCACAGACUGUUAAUGAGGGCAAAAAUGCCAAAAAAAGUCCACAUAAAACAUACUUAUCAUCUGACCGAUUUGAUGUCCAAGGAUUAUCAUUGAAAAUAGCAUUUCCAAAGGAUGGUGAACAAUUCUAUUGUGAUGUUGUAUCGAGGAAAAAAGAAAAAAAACAGCAUUUUACUCUAGUCGAGUACAGUGAACCUUAUCCUGAUGAUGUGUGCAGUUCACAAAAAGACACUAACAAAACAAAAAGCAGGCAGUCGAGAAGCAGUGGAACCAAAAAAAUUACCCAGAAAUUUAAUGAAACAAACUUUGUUUGCAUAAAUGGAAGAACUAUUUUAAAAUGUGAUGACGGGCAACACGAUAGGCCUAUCGCAGAGUACUGGGAAGAUAGAUAUGGCAAAUUGAUUGUGUCUAAUGUGGAUGGGAGACUAUCAACUACGUCCGAUGCCAGAUAUAUAUUUAACCAUAUGAAUUCCACAUUGUUAGUCCAAAACGUAUCAAAAUUAGAUCAUCUAUUUUUUUGCAAAACUGUCUACGAUGAUGAAGAUAUCAUAAAACGUUUCGAUUUACUGGAAUAUGGUACACCAAAAGACAGCUUUUUUGAGGGAUUUGAAAGCAAUAAAUGUGAAGUAGAUGCAAAUGAAAAUGGCCAGGUCAAUGUAACAUUCACGGUGGCUUCUUUCAGUCCGAUGGAUGCAGUAACUGUAGAUUGUGAACUGAAUGGAGAGUGUAUUGAUACAAACCCGCAGUAUAAUGUAACCGAUGAUGGGAAUUUUAAUUUACAAAUUUUUAUAGAUAGGAACAUCGAAUGGAGUCAAAAUUUGACAUGCACAUUAUCUGGUGAUGCUAUGUGUAACCAUACUCAAGAAUUUGUUUGUCACUUCAAGUUCAAGGAAAACAGUUCAAGCAGUAAUAGAGAUUUAGUUAUUGCUCUUUUGUGUCUUAGUGCGGUAAUUUGUGUUGGGAUUGCAAUUGUGUGCUUGUGUUGUCGAAAAGAGGAAGAGGAACAUAGCAAUACACAAUAUAAGUUGGCAUCUAAGAUUCCCCCCUCCAAUACAUCACAAGCUCCGACCAAGUAACAAUAACUGCACCUCAGGAGGUCACUUAAUUGAGGCAUGUGUGGCGAAAUGGUUAAGUAAGUUGUCGCACAGACCAGUACUGAGUAAAUGAGCUAUAAAAUAUGGGAGCUCAAAAAAUUUCCUGAAAAUCCAAAUUUGUUUUCCACUAUUAUAGAUCAACAGUUUAAUGUCUUAUUAAUCAUGUCCCAAAGUAUUAGUUCUGGAAAUGGUCAUCAAAUUGCUUAUUUAACGUUAUUUUGAUAGUUAAUUCUAUUUAACAAUGCACAAAUAACUUCAGAAGGCAAUUACUGUACUCCUCUUUUGUCUUUCUUCUUUUGUAAUCUGUUGGGCUUUGUCCCCUCCCUUGUCGUUUAUUUUAAGGACGUGACCCUAAGGAGUUUCCUUUUUAUUUUCCUUUUAUUAUUUUUGUAACAUGUUCUUGUUGGUUCUGAAUAAAAGUGAUUAUAUAUAUAUACUCGGGUAUCUUAAAAUAUGUAUAUUUUAGAGGGGUCUCGAAUUAGAGGGUGCACUGUACUCCUUUAGUCCCAACAUGUCUUCAACAUGGGGAUUUCUAAUUGUCAACAUGGUCUUAUCAAAUUGGUGCAAUUCAAUGCUAUUAACUUUUCGUUUUAUAUUUAAUCUAACUUUUAGUAGAUUUUUAACUGUUAACUUAAUUCAAUCUUAUAUAUAUUUUAUCUACACUUUUUAAUGUUUUAAAACCAUUAAAAAGUAAUCAUUUAAUGUGUAAUGUAUAAAUGCCAAGGUCAACUUUUUAAUUAUGAUGCCAUAUAUUAUUAUUAAUAUUGUAUAUUUAUAUAGUGCAUACCUAAAACUCUAUGCUAUGUUUGCUCUAUGCUCUAUGUUAUAAUAUAACAAUACAUUAGAAUAACUCUGUACAAUAUUUAUAUUCUUCUAAACUGUUAUGAGCUUUGUCAGUGCAACAAAUUUCCUUUUGGAUGAAUAAAGUUUUUCACUAUUCUGUAUUUCUGUAUCAAGUUUGCCACUCCACCCUUCUCACAAAACUUCAUACAUGGUAUCGGUAUCUGUGGUUCUUUAAAUGGCUUUGGAUUUUCUCUUUUUUAAUUGGCCAGCGUACUUAACUAACAGGGUUGCACAGGGCUCCAUUCUUCUUGGUCCUACACUUUUUAAUUUAUUUGUUGCCAAUUUUCCUGAUUUGAUUAAUUCUGACAUUUCUUUACAUGCCGAUGAUACUGCUGCCCCCAACCUUGGUUGGGGACAGCAUGUUGCUUCAAGAGGAGCUUCUAGAAUUCUAGGCUUUAUUAGAAUAUUAUUUCGUCGCUCACAUCACUAACACUAUCAAAGUAGAUUGUGUUAGUUUGUGAAAUCAAGAUAGUGCAUCAAAAUACGCGCUGUUGUUAACGACUUUUUGUGUGGUAAAGAAUACAAAAUUGCUUGACAACCAAUAUACGCUCAUUUUGACGCGCUACUCUGAUUUCACGAACUAACACAAUCUACUUUGAUUGUGUUAGUUUGUGAUGUGAGCGACGAAUUUUGUGCAACAUUCCUGCUACUUUUUAAUUAUGCACAGGGAAAUGCUGUUGAAAUGAUCCAGAGGAGUGCAACUAGGAUUUGCCUUUACACUAAGAACUGUUAUGAAAGCUUUAAUUUUAAUUUGCCUUCAGUUGAACAAAGAUUCCUAUAUUUAGCCAUAUCCUAUGUCUAUAUAUGUUUAUUUAGUUAUUAAUCAGUUAAUGUUUUUUCAUAUAAUACCUGCAACACAGAUCUUCUUAAGUUUGUUCACUCGUCAGUGGUGUAUCUAGGAGUCUUAAAAUGGGGAGACGCAAAAUGGUGGUGUUUGAGGCUCGAUGAUUAAUUGAGUGGGGUCUAGGUUGCAAAAUAAAGUGAUAGGUAAUUUUUAACUAUGGGAGAAUGAAUUUUUUCUCCAUCAUACAUUUUUGGGGAGGGGCAGACUGGGGGACUCCUCCACUCCUCCUCUCCUCCUCCUCUAGAUACUCCCCUGACUAUUUUUCUUGAGCUACCGUAGUUGUUUUCAUAAUACAGUGUUAUUGAAUAUUUUUCCACAAUUUGGAGAUGCUAUCUCUUCUGAAAUUCGGGACAUUCUGCCAUUUGAUUUAAAUUGUUUCUUAAUCAUUCUAAAUCUUAUUUAUGAAGUCUGACUCCCGAAGUUUAAUGUGUAUAUAUAUUUUAUACAUUUUAUUCUGGUGUGAUAAAUUAACAUUUUUUAAUUAGGUAAAUUUCAAUUAGAGAAUUAUAAAUAUAUAUAUGUAUAUCAACUCAGUAAUGUCAUUUUGUACAAUGUUUUUGUUUGAAACAGUGUUCAGGAGACUAACUUCAGUAGUAAUUCAGUUUGCUUUUUGGAAUCCCUUCUUGGCACUGUUUUCAAUUGUAAUUUUUAUUUUGUUUUGUAAGGCUUAUUUUAUGAGGGAAAAUAAAUGAAAUGAAAAAAAUAAUAAAUACAUAUUAAUCAUGAUCCUAA